CUCCAGUGUGGCGCGGUCCUUGGCUUCGCUGCUGCCAAAAGUUGCCCGGCGGUAAGGUGCAGCCACGCCGGGGGGGAAAGCACAGCGCGACGGCCGCCACUCUCCGGCUAGCUCGCCUGCUGCUUCUGCUGGUUGGAUCGAGGCCUUGUCUGUGAGGCGACAAUGCUUGACAUAAUGUCCGAGCACCAAGAUUCACUGUUGACGUGCAAAACGGAAGCUUUGCCCCCAGAGAGGAAAAAGAGGACUGUUGAGGACUUCAACAAGUUCUGCAGCUUCGUCCUGGCAUAUGCUGGUUACAUCCCGAGUCCAAAAGAGGAGAGCUCAUGGUCCCCGACAUCAUCCAGCUCUGCUCACAGUUCAGGGCUGUCAGCAGAUGGAGGCGUAGGAGGCAGCAGCAGCUCCAUGGGCAACACCUGGGGAGACGGAAGCUCCGACAUCCACACCAUCCACACAUUUGUUCGCAAAGCUCGAGCAAACAAGGGCAAAAACAUUCGCCGCAUGCACUCUGAUAGCACUCUACUGGACAAGAUGCGCCUAAAAGACUCCCUGUAUGACAGCCAGGCCAGCUCUAAGGCAGAGCGCAAGAAGGACAAAAAACUGAAAAAGUUGUCGCUUGGUUCCUCCAUGACGGCGGCAGACAGUGGCAGCAGCGAAGGCGAGAAAAGGGCACGCAUUAAACGCAGCAAAAACUCAAAACAGCCAAAAGCGAAGAAGCUCAAGAGUUCAGCUGCUCAAAGCGAAACUGACUCGGAGGCACGCCACGGACAUUCAGAGGUACGACCUACCAGAGAGGAGCUGGCGGCGCACGGCGGCUCCACGCCGACCAUGCAGGGCAUGGGGAAGAUGCAGCCAGAUGAGUCCAUGAGGGAAGCAGAGAUGAGCUCCAGUGAGGGCGAGACUUGGAUUGCAGAUGAAGACAUUAUGGUGGAGUCAGGUGACGAUUCGUGGGACUUGAUCACCUGUUACUGUGGGAAGCCGUUUGCGGGGCGGCCGAUGAUCGAGUGCAACCAGUGCGGCAUAUGGGUGCACUUGUCGUGUGCGAAGAUCAAGAAGUCCAACGUUCCCGACAUCUUUUACUGCCACAAGUGCAGGGACAUGCGGCGGUCGGGACACAAAAAAGACACUUAGAGAUGAAGAGGACGGGAGGGACGAGGAGCAACCCGCCCUGUCUUUGCUGUCCUCUUGACACUUAUUUUCUUUGAUGCCUGCAGCCAAAACAGCCUAAAUUAUCACCUGGAUGGCAACUGUAUUGUCAGUUUGUAGAAUUUCUUUUGACAAUCACAACCAUUCUUAUUUAUCCCUCACAGUUUUUUUUUUU